UCUGCCAAACACUGGGCGUUAGUUAACAAUAAGUUACUAGAAAAAAGCGAUACAUUCCGCCGCACGCGCCUAUCCGUCGUCCGGGUUGAGUCGGAUGCUCGCGACUCGGCGGGUGAAGAGGUCGCGGCAGCAGAUGACGCAACUUCAUCAUCCUCAGAGGAUCAGAUAGCUAUGACAGUGACAGCCAUACCCCCGUCGGCAAGUGGGUCUGCGGAGUCCUUAACGACGCCCACAACAACUGUUGUUGAAACUCCGAUGUCAACAACAGACUCGAGGCCCGCGUCAAUGAAAGCAUCCGUUGCGACCGUGUUGUCAAACCCACUGUUGUCGGCUACACCGGAAACAAAACUUUCGGAAGUGCCCAUCCCUUCCGAUACAUCCGAGGUGACUUCUACUGAAGGCUUCAGUGACGCAUGGCAAGAUAACCUUCGGUUCAGAAGGUCAAAAUUUCAAUUUGGACAAAAACGCAAACCGGCAUCGCAGAAAUUGCGUCGAGAAGAGCCUGUGGCAUCCGAAACAGAGUCCGAAACAUCGAUGUUUGUACGCGAAACACAAAUGGCAUAUAAGAGAGAAAAGAACGAGGUCAAACAAGAAUCAGACAAAUUGACCGACAGGUCAAUAGUGGCAACAACGGUAAACGGAGCAAUCGAGACUGUUGCAGAAGCACAAAUACCUGAGGAGGACUCUGAAGAAUCGGCGCAUGAAGAGAUGUGGCACGAAAACGUACAAAAAGAUUCACCCCCUCCAGCUAAAUAUACAAACGUGCCGAUCGCAGUACAUCGGCCGGCAGUACAUCGGGACGAUGUCCCGCGCAGUACAAAGGUUCCACCUGUUCGUCAGAACAUAACGAAGAACCCACGGGGCACAGCUUCGGAAGCACAGCUUCAGCGGCUGGUUGAUGAAAUUGCCAAACUUAAAGAAGAGAUUUUGAGACGUCAGAGAGAUUCCAUAGCUCUAUUAAGCGCCACUCCACCAGCGGCGUCCACUCCACAGCCACAGCCGCCGCCGCCGGCGCCAUCGCCGCCGCCAUCGCCAGCUGGGGUCGGCUUCCAGGGCUAUGCCCUUCGAGAGCCGCCCGUUCAACCAGUUGCUCCUUUGCCCGCAUAUAACAUAAAUGACCAACCUCCUAUUCAGGCAGUAGUAGAAGUUAAGGGGCAAAUGAAGGCCGCAGAAGUAAAUCGAGAGAUUAUAGCACAAAUUGCUAAACAACAAACCGAACUUCAAAUGAAAGUAGAGAAAGUAGCGCAGAAGACAAUAAAGCGAGAGAAACCGCGGUCCCACGAUGAACGUCAUUGGGAUGAAUUCAAUGAGACUAAAACGCUAGCUCGACUGCCGACGGCCAAGGUGUUGAGAGGACCGCCAGAUGGGGAAGAUGUUGAAUCGAGCGAGAUUCUCAUUCCUGACAGCCUUACAGACUUCACACAGGUUGAUGACGAGGCUGAGCGACGGCGCAACGCUAGGGCUCCUCUCAGUGAUUACGCAAACGACCCAGAUCACCCUACUCGUGAUCCCAAAGGAAGCGCAGCACAAGGAAUCAUGGUGUUACAGCAUACUAAAGGGAACGCUCAGGUCCAUUUGCUAAGUGCCAUACGCCUCCGUGCUAGUGUUGAUAGCAGCCUUCUAAAGGCUCAGGAUUUACCGACAGACUUUAAGCCACCUGGUAGACUUCGUUGGUAUCGCGCUGUUUCUUCAAAGACUCAAAAUGCAAGGUUUGUUGACCGACUCGGCGUUUUAAAAACUGGAGGAUAACAAGGAAUAACCCUAAUUCCCUACAAGGUACAAAGAAAAUGCUUGCUGUCUUAAUAAUCCUGAAAUUAAACCAAAGACCUACCGACGAGUCAUCUGGCACUCGGACAGUGAAAGAAAGAAAAAAAACUCUGAUAUACGUCCGUCGCGGAUACGCUCCAUUUGUCGCAGUUUACUAUUCACCGUGUCACAGCGCUAGAAAGCAUCGUCGAUAACGGAAAACCUCAGGUCAGAAACAGUAGACCGUGUCAUGAGGCGCUUGUUAAACGCCAACAGUGUUUCAGUUGACAAGUAUCCGCCGCAUUCAGAAUCGCCUACAGUUCUGCCACCCACGCGGAAAUCGACAAAAUUGUGCAAAGAAGGACAAAAUUUCACGACGUUUUGUCGCACUGUCUUAGAUACGAAAAGUAAAUGAAAAAUAAAUAAGGUUGUUUCAAAAUGUU